AUGGGGGUUCUCGGAUGGGGGGAGGCGUGGUUGGCUCUGAGGGGUCAUCAGGACUUUAUGAAGCGGAGUUCCUGUUUUGGAGCGGUAGGGUGGAGGCCGUGUAAGGACGGCUGCCGUUCGGUGCGGGGCCGCCAGUGGUUUGGUUGCUGUGCGUCCGGGUCCGGGGCGUUCUGCUACGGUUGGGGCUUAGUUAGGGAGCUGGGGGUCAGGUCUGGUUCUUUCAUGGAGUGGGGGUUUGCUCGUGUGUCAGUCGUGCAUUAUGGGCGUUGGGAGGGUACAGGAGUGGCGUUGUUUGUGUUGCGGGGGAGGGCGGGGGUUGAGGGGCGGCGGUAUGGGCGGGUGGAGCCCAGAGACUGGGUUUCGGAGAGUGUGUGGAAGGGUGGGGGAGAGGGGGGGGAUGGAGAUGGAGUGGAAAGGGAAAAGGGUGCGUUAGGGGUUGUGCACUGA